AUGGCCAGUCGAAAGAAGACUUUGCUCAAAGUCAUCAUUUUGGGAGACUCUAGUGUUGGAAAGACUUCUUUAAUGAAUCAAUAUGUAAACAGGAAGUUUUCCAACCAAUACAAAGCAACCAUUGGGGCAGAUUUCCUCACUAAAGAACUCACAGUAGAUGAUAGAACAGUUACCAUGCAAAUUUGGGAUACGGCAGGUCAAGAAAGGUUUCAGUCUUUAGGAGUAGCCUUUUACAGGGGAGCUGAUUGUUGUGUCUUAGUAUUUGACGUAACAGCUCCAAACACAUUCAAAUCUCUAGACAGUUGGAGGGACGAAUUUCUCAUCCAAGCAUCACCUCGUGAACCUGAAAACUUCCCGUUCGUUCUCCUAGGAAACAAAGUGGAUCUAGAACCACGCGCCAUCUCGGCAAAGAGGGCGCAACAGUGGUGCCAAUCAAAAAACAAUAUCCCCUACUUCGAGACAUCUGCCAAAGAAGGUUUAAAUGUAGAACAAGCAUUUUUGGCCAUAGCCAAAAACGCCCUUGCCCAACAAAACUCGACUGUCGAUUUAUAUAAUGAAUUCCCUGAUCAGAUCAAGCUAACCAACACGCAGAAAACUAGUAAUAAUGGUGAUAGUUGUGCUUGCUAA